CACCAAGGCGAGCACCACCACUAUUACCACCACCUUCUUCACCAGUGGUGCUAUUACUGCUGCCACCAGCGUUACGAUUACACCAACCUACGCCUGUUAGAGCCUCUCAUCUGCGGUCGCCGCCUUUGAGGUACCUACCCUUACAGCCCUUUAUUUUCUCUAUUUGGCUUUUCCUUCCCUUUUCCCUUGUCGAGCUUCUUUUUUUCUUGUCCCACCUAACGUGGGUUCACGUCUCGCUUCAUGCAUCACCCCCACCACUCGCAGCAGGGCCCCCCUCCGCCGUUGCACAUUCAACAUUCUCGACCUCCUAGCAUUGUGCCUCCACAGAGUCAACUCCCACCGACUCAGCCGCUGCAAUCGCAUCACCAAGGCGCCUUCAGAUCCCCACACGCCGCGACUCACGGGCCGUCGCAACACGCGCACCAACCCCCGCCUCCCCCGUCAUCGUUUGCCCAAACCCCGUCAGGACCUGGCGGACAUCAGCCAUCCGAGAACGCCUUCUUCUCGGCCCAGCCUAGCCCCUACAGUACUUCGAGUGUAACGGGUGCAUAUUCGUCUGCCGAAACACCUGAUCUAAUGGCGGCCGCACAUAUGAAUCGCCCGGCGUACCCGCCCAUCUACCAUACGCCCCAGUCCAACUCUCCUGCAUCUGUUGCGUCUCCGCAGAGCCAUGAUCAGCAUGGCCGGAGCUUAUACGCGCAGCCUCCUCCGCAACUUCCUCACACCAUGUAUGCCGGAUACCCGCAAUAUCCGCCAAUGGCACCGACCAACCCUUCGCCGUACGCUCAGCACCCGGCGCCCCAACAGCACCCCUUGAGUUCUCAGCCGCUCCUGAUGUCACAUCCCCAAGCGCCGCCGCAGCUGCAACACCCGACCACACACAGUCCAGUGACGGCGGCCAUGAACCAGAGUCCUCGCACAAAACUGGCCCAAGCUCCUCUGCAGCGUCCUCCUUCUGGUGUUGGAGCAUCGUCGACACCAGUCAGCGCGCCCCCUUCAAGUGCGAAUGGUGGCAUGCACGGAAACCAAUCGAACAAUCCGGCUGUCAAUCCAAAUGCCGCGCCCGGUCCGAUCCCAGCGACGACUCCGCUCGUGGUGCGGCAGGACAAUAAUGGCGUCCAAUGGAUUGCGUUUGAGUACUCUCGUGACCGCGUCAAGAUGGAAUACACAAUUCGAUGCGAUGUGGAGUCGGUCAAUGUUGAUAGUCUGAGCCAGGAGUUCAAGACGGAGAAUUGCGUUUAUCCACGCGCGUGCUGCGCCAAAGACCAAUACCGGGGCAAUCGUUUGGUUUAUGAGACCGAAUGCAACACGGUGGGCUGGGCUUUGGCAGAGCUAAACCCCUGUUUGCGGGGCAAGCGUGGAUUGAUUCAGCGUGCCGUGGACAGCUGGAGAAAUAGCAAUCAAGAUCCGCGGUUGCGGAGCAGACGCGUACGCCGAAUGGCCAAGAUCAACAACCGAAGGCAGGUAGCGUCAACGCAGCACCCGAAUCACAUGGCUGGUCCCAGUGGUCCUGGUCCUGCUGCACCUGUGGCGACUCCUGCCGCUGGCAGUGCGCGACCCGUCCCUGGGCCGCCACUGGCAAUGGGAGGUGCGCAAUUGCAUCACCACCAUGCGCAGCAUGAUGCUACGGCUCCAGCCGGCAGCGAAGAUGUUAGCGUUGGAUCACACAACAGCGGUGUACGUCAUAAUCAAGUCUUUCACGGCUACGCCAACUAUCCGACCAAUUCGAGUGUAGGCCCUUCCAUGCCUCCCUCGGUCCACGAUGGGGUCGACCACAUGAGCCGACAUGGUGCUGCCUCAGCCCACGCAACCGCCACUGCUUCCGCCGUUGCAACCAAGUCCGAGGAUGACGAAACGGUCGCACUGUUUGGAGACGUGCCCGAAGCCAAACGUCGCAAGUUUAUUCUAGUAGAUGACCCGCACCGUGGCACCCGCGUCCGAGUUCGCGUUACCCUGGACCAGGUAGAGAUGAAUGAGAUUCCUGAUUCCUACCGCAAGACGAAUUCCGUCUAUCCUCGGUCAUACUUUCCCAUGCAAAUGCAAUCGCCACCGAGUACUCCGAGAGGCAGCCGCUUCUUUGACGAUGAAGAAGAUUCGGGUGAAGAUGGACCCACCAAGGGCCGGACAAUUGUCCCUGUGCCAAUGCUCGACGGAUCCGAGGUGGAUGUCCCUACCCCCUGUCUGGGGAAACGACGGCGAAGCAAGGAGCUCACAUUGAAUGACAUGGGAUACCGGAUGAGCUGGAGUCAAAGCAGAGUCUUUGCAGGACGGACCAUUUUCCUUCAAAGAGCUUUGGAUGCGUAUCGGAAUAAAAUGAGAAGCACCAUGGUUGCUGCGGGUCAAGACGUGUCAACUGUCCCACCGCAUUUUGAAACCCGAGUCGGCAAGCGAAAAUGGAUGGAGCGAGAUCGUCGGAGCAAGCGACAUUCUUCGCCUUAGGUUGUGAGAUUGACAUGUGACUUUCGGUUCAAUGAUCUGUGAUAUAUAGCAUUUGAGACAUUUGCGCAGGAAGCUUUAUCAUCUCGGUUUUCUUUUUCAAUUUUGUUUUUGUUACACCGACUUGAGCUCAUUCAGCUUCUUCGAUUGUGUUUAUUUUAUUUUAUUUUAUUCUUUUCAUUUGCAUUGUUCUAUUGCACAUUGCAGAGCGGAAAUAUGGGUAACCGGACUAUAGUUGUUGGCAUAUGGGCAUUUGGGACGGAUUUGUUUAAAGGAUGGGCAAGGAAUCCAAUUCAUUUAUUUUAUUUUCAUUUAUUUUUUCUCCCCUUUAGAGCAGAGCGGAAAGCGGGCAUGUUGAGUUUUCAUUUUUCUUGUUUUCCCGUGUUAGAAGAAGCAUGUGGAAGUGCUUUGUGUGUGAAGAUGAUGAGCCUCGUUAACCGGGUUGGUGAUAAUGUUUUUCUUUUUCUUUUUCCCUUUUUUUUUUUUUUUUUUU